CCCAUCCCACCUAGCCGUACCACUUUAAUCCAUAUCAUUAAUAUUUUAAAGCCAGAUGCUCGUGGUCAUUGGCCAGACUGCAGUGCACCAAUUUAAUAAGAAGCUGGCUAGAACUCCGAGAGCAGUCAUACUGUCUCCACCCUACGGAGGACCAUUGCAUCUGCUCAAGUGAGAAGCAAUACACAUAAGGCAGAAUCCCCCUCGACCUUUGCUACAUCCUAGACAGAAUGGAUGUCUUUAAGAAAGGUUUCUCCAUAGCUAAGGAAGGUGUGGUGGCUGCUGCCGAGAAAACCAAGCAGGGUGUGACUGAGGCGGCAGAAAAGACCAAGGAAGGGGUGAUGUAUGUAGGUGCCAAAACCAAGGAGGGAGUAGUACACAGUGUCAACACAGUGGCUGAAAAAACGAAAGAGCAGGCCAGUGUGGUGGGCGGAGCCGUGGUUACUGGAGUGAAUCAAGUAGCCACCAAGACCGUUGAAGGAGCAGAGAACGUCGUCACCACCGCUGGUGUUGUAAAAAAGGAAGACCUUGCGAGGCCUGGCCAACCAGAAGCGGCUGAUGCAGAAGAAGAACCAGCAGUGGAGGCCACAGAAGACACUGAGAAGGCCGGCAACGGUGCUAAUUAAUUCAUUCUUGAGUGCUGCUGAAAAUCUUCGAAGAAUAUGUCUGGCUAAGACUAAAGCAGGGAACCAUUUAUGCCACAAGCUAAUUAAGCUAAACUCCUCCACUGCCUUCAACUUGCCUGUUAACUUUUACAAUUUGCCAUGCUGUUGUGUGCAUUCAUGCCAUGUUUGUGUGCGUUAUGCUUUGUUUGUCCUACCAUGCACCAUUGUCUUCAUGUAUUUGUAAAUGUUUUAUAUUUAAAUUGAAUUUUCUAGAUUUUAUGACAUUUUUUUCAUUCGCUUUCCAUUUUGAUUUUACUUCGCUCAAAGAACUUGUGUCUUCCAUGUUUCCAUUCAUUACAGUUUUAUUCUGAUUGUCUUUUGACUUUGCCGAACUUCUCUCGUCCAUCAACCCUCAUCGAACCACUUCUUUAUAUCAUCGGUUAUUUUCAUGUGGUUGUUUAGCUUGAGUCGUGUACUUUAAUUCCCUUCUUGGAAAUUAGUUUUUUUUAAUGACAAAUAAAACUGUUUAAGUUUA